AUGGUCGUGGUACCGGCAGUUAUCCUUGCGGCGGAUGUUGUACUCUACGCGCUGUGCUGGCUGUGCAAGCUCCCCGCGGCGUCUGUUGCACGCGGUAAGGUACCAUACAUACUCUGGCUAAUGAUAGCCGUGCACAUGCUGUGCUAUCUGGGGCUGAACUACCAGCAUUUCCACCAGGCCAGUGACAAGGCGGGCUGGCAGGCCUUCUUCAGCUUCUCUUGUUUGCUGACCCUGGUCCCUUUCACUGACCCUGGUCCCUCUCCUGCUGCUCACAGCCCUGUCCUUUGGGAUCCACACCCUGGUGCUGGGGGUCAUCAUCGCACAGAGGCACCAGGACAGCCUGUAGGGAACAAUACUGCUCAGACAGGUAAGGAUGAGGUGGACGUGUGCAGAGAUUGGGAGGGGUGGGCAGAAUGGGAGGCGGGUGCAGGUGUAAGUGAAACACUGGCAGGUGAGAGAGGGCAUGAUACAGGUGUGAAGACCUAAAACAUCACACAACACUCUAAACUCAGCUAAUCAGUUGCCUUUGUGUGUCAGGUUAGGCAAGCCAGCUGUGCAGGGAUAUGUGGGACAAAGAGCUGAGGGUAUUUUUGGAUGAUGGUUGUUGAACCUGCUCACUGUGCUCAGUGAGUUGUCACUUAAAGGCUCUGCAUGGUAAAUCCGACUUCUGCAGUGGCCAUACAGCAUUUUCUGCGAUACGGCCUCUGCAGAAGUCAGGGCAUUUAUACUUCUUGUGCUUCACUGAGCAGAGCAGAGCUGUUGUGAAGGAAGUUGUCAAGGAAGUGAGUUUGUGUUUAUACAGGACCUCCCACCCCCACCUACCGUCAACCAAUCAUGUCAAUGCGGAGCUAUACGGAGCCCUCCGCGAUGUUACAUAAUUUGGGCGGCGCACAGUGAUGCGGUACGGAGCUCAAUUUGGCCUCUGCAUGCCUCCGGAGGCUUCGUAAUUGCAUCACACCAUCCAUACAGCGCCUCCGACCACAUUUUCGGAUCAAGCAUAAAUUGGCUUUUAGCAACACAAUGCUCCCACUGCACCCCUCACAACCUCAGUCAGUCACGACUUCCUUUUCAGCAACAUGUUGAUAUGUUCAUCCCUCCCCCAUCUGCCCCUCUCCCCCAGCUCCUGGCUAACUGGGUGUUGUACCUGUGUGCAGUCACCGCCCCCCCACCCCCCCCCGUCGACGCAAAAAAUCGCAGCACCCCCACCCCCAAACUACUUCCCGCGGCUAUGUAUCCAGCAGGUAGGUGUGUGUGCGCUUGUGUGCACAUCUGCAUCCGUGUGUGUAUAUGUGUGUGCCCUGAUGCCCUAGUGAUGCCCCACUGACUUAUUACGACUUUACAGGUGUGCUGUCACCUCUAGCUGUUAGCAGUGUGCUGGAACACUCAGUGCUGCUUGAAUUACAGUCUGUUGUCUGUGGCUCUGAGCUAAUGUAGCUUUGAUGCAACCAAGUGAGUUUUGACAUUGUGCCGGAAACUCUCUUGGUUGCAUCAAUACUAGGCUAAUGGGCUGAUUAGACAGACUGUUGUUAUCUUCACAGUGGAGGCCUCGUUAGGGAGGUGCAACUGUUGGGUGCUUUAAGUUGGUCACAUACAUUCUGAAGUAUACAGAGUUGUGGAACCAAGUCUAAUGUCUCUUUCCUCUCUUUCCAUCACUUCCUUCUUUCAUCUCUUGCCUUUUUCCUAUCUUCCUUCUCUCCUUUCCAUUCUCUCAUGUUCAACCCCUCACACACUCCCUCUGUCAUUACUGUAAAGUUAACUGAGUCGACCCUAAUUCACUGCAGCUGAUGAGCCAAUUAUCGUUCCCUCCAUCCUCUAUCCUUUCUAAUGCUUGUCCCUGACUGCUACUAUUUGUGGAGCAAACAGUUUGGGCCCUAUAGAGAGCGAGAGAGAUAAUUCCCAGAGUGCCAAAGAGGCAAUGGAGGCUUCUGAGAGAUGGGUGCAGCCAGCCAAUCAGAACACAUCUGACUGCUUCACAUUGCCAUGGUGACAUGGCCCUAAAAGGAUGUUCACAGAAAUUCCACUCCUCUCUUUCACACAUACAGUACGCACAAUGCACACGCAUGCACGCACGCACUCACACACAAACUGUCUCUGUCGCUGUGUGAUGCUGGAGGGUAUGAAGAAACAGGCUAACCAGAACGAAGUACAACAGCAGUUCAACACCAUGUACAUGUACCGCCACGAGAAUGACAGGUCAGACAAUGUUAAUGUAAUGCGAAGUCGGUCAGAAAUACUCCCAGUACUCCAUGACAAUAAUCUGUACUCUGAAACAUGGAGAUUGAGCGAACCUAUUAAGCAAUUUUGUUUUCUCUGACUCCCCUUCUCCUCUCCCCCUCCCCCAUUUCUCUCUUGCAGUAUCCUGUUUCGUGAUAUUGUGGGUUUUACCCAGCUUUCCUUAGCGUGUAGUGCACAGGAGCUGGUCAUGUUGCUCAACGAACUGUUCGCCCGCUUCGACAAGCUGGCUGCUGUGAGUCUCUCUCUAUUCCUUGUCUCUCCAUGGCAUUGUUUUUCCCCUUCUCCUUGAGUCGUUCUCUCCCUCUCCUCAUCUCUCACAACAAUAUAUACAUUUUUUUUUUUUGUCAUUUAGCAGACGCUUUUAUCCAGAGCAACUUACAGUUAGUGAGUGCAUACAUUAUUUUUUAUACUGGCCCCCCGUGGGAAUCGAACCCACAACCCUGGCGUUGCAAACGCCAUGCUCUACAUCCCUGCCGGCCAUUCCCUCCCCUACCCUGGACCAAAUGUGCACCGCCCCAUGGGUCUCCCGGUCGCGGCCGUCUACAUUCGAACCAGGAUCUCUCUAGUGGCACAGCUAGCACUGCGAUGCAGUGCCUUAGACCACUGCGCCACUCGGGAGGUAUGUCAUGUUAUGAGACAUUCACACUCAUCCGACUCACCUCUCUCUCCCUCAAGGAUACUACCGUGUGCUGUUUUUAAAAUACACUGUUUAUUUCUCUCACAAACACACACAGCUCAUAACAUACUCACAUUCAUAUAAUGUCUGUCAUUGUUUCUCUCCUCUCUCCUCCCUCCCUCCCUCCCUCCCUCCAUACAGCAACACCACCAGUUGCUUAUCAAGAUCCUGGGAGACUGUUACUAUUGUAUCUGUGGCCUGCCUGGUUACUGUGACGACCACACAGCUUGCUCCAUCAUGAUGGGCCUUGGUGGAGGCCAUCUCGUAAGUGAGGGGAAGGACGAGAGGGAGGAAAAAGAGGAAGGAAGGAGAGGAAAAAGGGUGGGAUAGUUGGGGGAGGAGGGUGAAAGAGUGAUUAUGAGGGGUGUAGAAUUUGGAAAAGGAUUGGAUAUAGAAAAACUCAAUGGAAUUGAUCACUUUCCCCUCCACCCUUAGGUAUGUGUGUGAGAAGACCAAGAGGGAGGUGGACAUGUGUGUGGGUGCACACAGGCACUGUGCUGGGACGGCUGCUGGGACAGAGGAGGUGGCAGUUUGGUGUCUGGUCCAAUGAUGUCACUGUGGAGUCAGGAGGAAUACCUGGGUAA